CAUUAACUUGCUUAUUACGAUAACUUCUGGGGGUUUACGUAGUGGACACGACGAAUGGCUUGUUCACGCGAGGCGCAAAAGAGCAUGAAUGCACCGCCCUGGCCCAAGACAACAGCUUGAGCAAUGAACACGAAGCCGGAAGUGAUGGCAGUUGCCGCAGUACGUUGCUCGGAGGCGACAAUAAGGGCGCUGGUUGCAGUCAACGAGAUCGCAUCUACGAUGAGAAACCACUGGGGCAAUGCGUGCAUUUCUUGAGGGAAUUGCUUGAGAAACGAAAACAGUGUGCCCAGGGCACCAAGCGGGGUCGUGCCGGGGGAAGUGGCGACGGGAAGGACAAACCCGACCCAGUAGUGCAGUGACAACAGCACCGCAAAUGAGUAGUAGAGUUGAGUGGCCGUCACAGAAGCCGCCACCGCGUCUUUUACAGAGGACGGCGGUGUCGUGCCAACGGUGACAACUGGCCAAAUCCACGGAGACACGAUGGGCCAAAAUUGAAAUACGACGAACGCCACGGGGUAGUACACGUCAGGACCGAAGCCUAAGUACAAGAGGGCAGCACCCAAAACCACAUUCGCCAACGCAAUGAACGCCAGCAGUCGAGGAGUGCCGACGCUGAUGGAGGACGGCCGAUCCACUGGUGCCUGAUGCGCCAACGGACUUGUAUGGGAGUAGAGAAACGACGGGAGCCACAUCGCUGGAAUGACCACGGAUAUGCCAAUGUAUUGCAUCAAGUAAGCAGUCAGACUGGCCGAGGCUGCAACACCUCGAGAUGCCACCCGCGUGGAUUCCACCCCCACGAAGAUCGUGUUGCUCAGUGCCGCACUGAAGAGGAGGGCGUUGGUCAACGUCGCCACCAAUGGAGACGGGAAGUCGCGACAGUCUUUGAAAAAGUGCGUCAAUACACACACUUGGUUGUCAAGGUAGGGAACCCCAAGGCGAAGGAACGGGUCCGGACCCCCUCCGGGGGUGGCAUGCGGCAGUCCUUCAAGGCCAAAGAAGUCUCGGCAUUGCGACGGAGGCUUCCAUUUCUCAAGCACAGGGCUCAGUAGAACAAACGUUCCAAGUCCGAUCGCCACACCCACAACGCUCGCCAACACACGCAUCCCACAAGCUUCGAUCCACUUCGAAUUUG